CUAGGUUGGAUAUAAAUGGUUAAAACAUUUCAUCUUUAUCAGGAAGUGAAACAGGAUUUUUAAUUCAGCUCACACUUGACCUGUUUCACAAACAUCUUCUUAAACUGUACUUCUUUAUGUUUGUGAGACACGAUUGACCGACAGUCUCUGAUGGUGUAGAGAGCACUUAGGUUGGCAUGCAGGAAGUAAAUCUCGCCAUUGUGAUCCAGCAUUGUGGACAGGGUCAUGGGUCGAAACACGAGACGUAUUUCAUGACUGAGUGUAUUAGUAGUGAUCACUGUGCACCUCAACCAGGAAACUCCUGGCUUCUUAUGUGGUGUUGCUUCCUCUCUUCAUGCUUGUACAUGUACUUCCACACACACAGCUGGAGAGAUACCAGGCUCAAGGAAUUUGGAUUUUAUUAGCUGUGACAAGUUGUGGAUGUGUUGGAAAACGUGUGUGUAGAUUGUUGACAACUGGGCAGUUGACUCUGUUAGAACGUACUGAGAUCUUCGUUGUGGAAUAGUUUUGUGGGAAAUUGUACCGACACUGAUUUGUAAUGGAUCAUAUAGCUACGUGAAGGUACUGCCAUCGACAAGCACUAUGGAUUUGGAAUCUGUGUGUCGCAGAAAGAGCACGACCCGUAACCGUCGGCGACAACGUAAUUAUGAUUAUGUUACUAUUCUUGCAGAUGGAGAGGAGAGUCAGCCACUGCCAACAUGGAAGACCUACUUAUAUACCCUUCAGCAAGAAGCUCCUAAACCACGCCGGAUAAUCUGUCAGAGAGAGGUACCCAACAGACCAACCUUCUAUGGGAAAGAAUUCCAUGGCAACGUGAGCCGCGAUGAGGCUGACCGCUUGUUGAGCGACGGGGAUGGCUGUUACCUUGUCCGCAAGAGUGAGCGGGCCCCCGACGCCUUCACGCUGGCUAUCAGAUUUAAUUGUGAAACAAAGAACUUCAAACUAUACUAUGAUGGCAAACAUUUUGUGGGUGAGAAGCGUUUUGAUACAGUGCACUCUCUGGUGGAGGAUGGCCUGAUCCACUUCUAUAUCGAGCUGCGAGCAGCUGACUACAUAUCAGCACUUUCUAAUGAGUCCAACUACGAAGAGUCGCCAUAUCUCGCGUACAGCUACAAGAAGAAACGGCUAAAGACUCGCUCCCGGCCAGCGUCGUCACGGCGACUGGACUACACGGAUGAUGAGGUCACGUCGUCUGAUGUGGAUGUUCCGGACACCGUUGUGGAGGAGGAGGAAGGGGAGGAUGGGGACGAGGAUGACGAUGACCUCCCCCCAGACUGGAAGCAUUAUGAGAAGCAGCAUUGUUUUAAGCUUCAAAACUUCAUGGGCCUUCACUGGUGCGACUUCUGUGCCAACUUCAUGUGGGGCCUCAUUGCCCAGGGGGUCAAAUGUCAAGAUUGUGGGUUUGAAGCUCACAAGAAGUGCUCGGAGAAGGUGCCCAAUGACUGCAUGCCGGACAUGAAGUAUGUGAAGCGGAUCUACGGCGCCGACCUGACGACCGUGGUGCUGGCACAGAAGACGGGCAUCCCACAUGUGGUGGAGAAGUGUGUCAAGGAGAUCGAGACCAGAGGUUUGGAGUCGGAAGGGUUGUACCGAAUAGCUGGUUUCCAUGACGACGUGGAGGCCAUCAGGAUGUCAUUUGAUAAAGAUGGCGAGAAUGCCGAUAUUAGUGUUUCCCGAUACGACGACAUCAACACGGUGACGAGUGCCCUGAAGCUCUUCUUCCGCCUCCUCCCGAUACCCCUCAUCACGUUUGAUGUCUACAGAAUAGUGAUAGAUGCAGCCAAGAAGGAGGAGAGUGAUGUUAACGAGCAGGUGAAGAUGCUGAAAGAAGCCAUCACCAGUCUGCCUGCCGCCCACUUCCAGACUCUCAAGUACCUCAUCAUGCACCUGGUCAGAGUGACGGAGCACAAAGGCAAGAACAUGAUGGGAGCGGAGAACCUGUCCAUCGUGUUUGCCCCCACACUGAUGCGGCCACUGGAGACCGACCCCAUGGUCAGCCUAAUGGCCGCCAAGUUCGAGCAGAAGGUCAUCGAACUGGUCAUAGUCCACCACAAAGAGGUGUUGGGAAAGUGAUCUGUGAGAUACUUCACGGGUCUGUGAGGUACUUCACGGGGCUGUGAGAUACGUCAUGGAGCUGUGAGAUAUGUCAUGGAGCUGUGAGAUACUUCACAGAGCUUGUUGGUGCUUGGAGUCGAACAGCUGACUCUGAUUGAAAUAUAAAAAUCAUGUAUCAAUAUUUUGAUCAAAAGAAAGGAACAACUGUUCUGUUCACUGAUCGAUGUUUGUCAUUUAUGGAAAUAUCAGGAAGUCUUGCAAUAGUAGCUGAAUGUUCUAUAUCCAGUCUGUGUAGGAAGUCUGCACACUACAGGGAGUCUAGGAACAUUUAGCCAAGUCUCUCUUCAUGUUACAGCUUACAAAUUUGUAUCAGAUGAACAUUGUUGAUCAGGUGCCCUGGUUCAGUAAAACUUGACAUUAGGAAGGAAUUCCCUUCUUCUACAGCAGGUGCCUGGUAACUUGACAUUAGGAAUUCCCUUCUUCUACAGCAGGUGCCUGGUAACUUGACAUUAGGAAUUCCCUUUUUCUGCAGCAGGUGCCUGGUUCGGUCACUGUGUUGAUAAAACUUGACAUUAGGAGUUCCCUUCUUCUACAGCAGGUGCCUGGUAACUUGACAUUAGGAAUUCCCUUGUUCUUCACAGAUAGAACUUAAUGUUUGAUCAUAAUUUAACCAGGUGUAAAUCAUGUUAGUGUUCACAGUUGAGCUUGUACUGUAGACAGUGACCUUACCUUGGCUGAGAAAACAAACUGACUGUCAUACAUGAUCACAUGGAGCUGACGAAGAUGAAAACGACUAGUGAGGACGAGCUGGAGACAGUGACAUGUCUGCAGUCGUUUUGCCCUACUGAUCACAAGGUGAGGCAGCUGGGGCUCGGUAGACGGUGUGUUAGCUUGGUGCACACCCUGCUUGAGUUUGAAGCCUACAGUAGAUAUUUUGUGUCUUGCUGUUGCUUUUGACCUGGAGGAUAUUAUGUAGCUUCACCAGUGCUCGAAGAAGCAUUCAGACUUUUCAACAAGUUCAUCCACAGGAGAUAUUUGUUUUGGUAAAAGUUCUCUUAUAUAAAUUUUGACUUUUAAUCAAGAAAUCUAUUUUCAUUGAAUCCUUCAUCUUACAAAAAAACCACUAUUUUAUUUUAUUUUAGAAUCUCUGUUAUAUUAGUAUAAGUGUAUCAAUUAUAGCUGCAUGUGCUCUGAGCAGCUGUAAGCAUCUGGUAUGUUAUGCUGAAAUGAUGAACAUGCUGAAAUGAUGAAGUUGCUGAAGACCCCACAAGUAUUGUCCCUCUCCAGCAUUGUGAUUCAUCAUGGAAAUUUGUGUUUUCAGAAUUAUUUCCAUUUUGUUUUUAUUUGUUAUUGACAGCAUUUUACUGUAGCAAACUUGAAUGUCAAGAAAAACCCUUGUCCGAAAAUCUUCACUUUUUCAUACGGCUUCUUUUUUUCAUUUUUCAUUUUUAUUUAAUCAUUUCACAAUACAAAAGCCGCAAUCUGUCAUGUUUACGUACUUUGAAUCCACGGUUUUCAUUGCAGGACUACUUUCGUGGGUUUGUGUUGCUGGGAUGUUUCUUGUAUUGAAUUUGUGAUAAGGUACUUUUACAUGAUUCUUGACAUUCAUGACUUAAAGGGUGUUUGCUAUUUAUUGAUAAGUUCCUGAAGAAACUAAUAUAUGAAAGAUUAUUUAUGCUGUGCCAUCACCUAGGCCAUGGUAAGGAAGAUCAGUAGGAAACACAGCAACAGCUCCUUCCUUCACAAUUCCCGACUGACUGACCAGUUCCUCGCUGUAGGGAUAGAGCCAAUCACUGGCCUGCUCUCUAAGACAAGGCUAUCAGUUCCUCACAAUAGGGAUUGAGCCAAUCACUGGCCUGCUCUCUAAGACAAGGCUAUCAGUUCCUCGCUGUAGGGAUAGAGCCAAUCACUGGCCUGCUCUCUUAGACAAGGCUAUCAGUUCCUCACAAUAGGGAUUGAGCCAAUCACUGGCCUGCUCUCUAAGACAAGGCUAUCAGUUCCUCGCUGUAGGGAUAGAGCCAAUCACUGGCCUGCUCUCUUAGACAAGGCUAUCAGUUCCUCGCUGUAGGGAUAGAGCCAAUCACUGGCCUGCUCUCUUAGACAAGGCUAUCAGUUCCUCGCUGUAGGGAUAGAGCCAAUCACUGGCCUGCUCUCUUAGACAAGGCUACCAGUUCCUCACUAUGGGGACAGAGCCAAUCACUGGCCUGCUCUCUAAGACAAGGCUAUCAGUCUUCACUAUGGGGACAGAGCCAACCACUGGCCUGCUCUCUAAGACAAGGCUAUCAGUCCUCACUAUGGGGACAGGGCCAAUCACUGGCCUGCUCUCUUAGACAAGGCUACCAGUUCCUCACGAUAGGUAUAGAGCCAAUCACAGGCCUGCUCUCAAAGACUAAGCCACCAAAUAUGGCUGUUAUAUUAAGGAUUUCUAAGGUCAAAAAAAGUUUUUGGAUUAUCACGACCAGAGAUAACUAGCUGUAAGUAUAAUAGGUUCUAGCUAAGAUGAUAAUCAAAAUGACAACAUUGUGUACCAAGUUUUACAUAGUCCCUGAAGACGUGUUUAUUUGAAUGCCUCACAUUUUGCCAAAUUGUUGUGGUCAUGAUAUAUCAUUUUAAUAUUUGGAUGUGAAGUCACUGCUCAACUUGUGUUGUAACACUUUGCUGUUGUUAACAUAUUUGUUGACAUGUUAUGAAUUGUAUGACAUUGAUUUUAUUUACAGUUCCUUUUAUGAAACUUAUGCAUAAUAUAAGUAAUGUUAGGUCAGCUAUGCGCAAGUUAUGUUGUCAAGUUAUUGACUUAAUACACGGAUAAGGACUGAGGACAGUAUCAUUUAGACUGACAGAAAAUCAAUGGAUGAAUAAAAAAUGUAUCAUAGAUCCGUAGGCAGACAUAUUUGCUAGGCGACUUUGCUUGUCGUAAGAGGUGACAAGAUCAAGUGGUCAGGCUUGCUGACUUGGUUGAUGCAUGUCAUCAUAACCCAAUUGCGUGGAUAGAUGCUCAUGAUGUCAAUCACUGGAUUGUCUGGUCCAGCCUCAAUUAUUAACAGACCACCGUCAUAUAGCUGGAAUUUUGCUGAGUGUAGCAUUAAACAACAAAUAUACGUAUUUGCUGCAUGACUGGAAGAUUUGCUAAGUGUGUGUUAAGUUCACUAGAUAUGUGGCCGUAGCUCCUCAUAUUGGGAGAAUGAAUGAAUGCAUGGGUGAGUGAGUUUUUACACCACAUCAACAGUACUUUGGCCAUAUUGAGAUGGGAAAAAGUAUUUUUAAGUAUUAUUUACCUCUUGACAAGUAACAUUAAAACUGUAAGUUAGAUAUCACAGGGUCCCCUUCCACAAAAGGAUCUUAGUGAUAAGGGAACUGUAGCCCACAUUCUUAACAUGGACUUAUGACAGCCCUGAGAUCACUUUGUUAAACAGGAACUAGAUUUACUGUUAAACAUGCUACGAUCAUACUGCAAGAGGGAGUGAUGGAAGUCCUUUUCAUGACAUGUUCACAAAAAGUAAGCGCCACAUGUUCGCAACAAUGAAGCACGACAUGUUCGCAACAAGAAAGCACGACAUUCGCAACAAUGAAACAUUAAAUGUUCGAAACAAUGAAGCAAGAUGUGACUGUACUGUUUGAUGAUCUCCACAGGUGAAAGGAAGUUGUCCUGUGUAUCCACGUAAAGAGAACCUUGUCAAUUGAAUCUCUAUUAUUCCAUCUGGCUUACCACAGGGUAACCGAGGUACCUUUAUGAUCAGGAUUGUAUUAUUUCUGUGUGUGUCAGACAGCAUCCUGUUGACUUCCAGUUAACAAUGUUUCACAGUUGGACUCCAGCAUUGAUCUCGGAGGGUUACCGUAACCCCACCAUGUAUUUUUUGAUAACUCAGUCUGGCAGUCUCCUGCCAAUCAACUUGAUGCUCAUGGGACUAAAGUCAUAUUUUGUAUAAUUUACAGUCCAACAGUCAUGCUUUCUGCUCUUCAUAUAUCAGCUUAAGAGUUAUUUGCAGUUAUCUCCCCCUUAAACAAGGGAGAUAACUAGUUUGAGCUGCAUUUCCUCCGUCCAUCAUGAUUUAUUCUCAGCUCAUUCAGGCAUCAGUAAGAAUGAAAUGGUGCCAGCUUUCCUUAUUGGCUGAUUUAAUAUUUUAAGACAAAUUUUGAAUACUGACUUUCAUGACAUCCAUUGUUAGAUAUUGGUUGAGAUGUUUGUAUUAUUAUUCAGACUUUAUUUUUGGAAAUUGUGCCUGGGAAAAUAUUUAAAGGAAGAACGAACUUGCUGAUUGUUGAAAUCUAAAUUUUAAUAUAAUUUUUGGAGCAUAGCUUGUUAUGCAAAAGUGUCAUCAAUUAUUGGUGCAUGUUCGCAUUUUUAGCACUUGAUAUUUCAUGGUUUAGUAAUGCUGCACCUUGCUCUUGCAAUGCACAAAGGCAUUUCACACCUCAAGCUGCCAACGGGGCACUGCCAGGCUAGGUAUUGGUAGAUGAGGUUUUAUUAAGCAGACUAUUAUUCAGAGAGAGUGAUUUAUUUUUGACUGUGUGUUUAUGUGGAAAGCAACAUUGAGAUCAGGAACCAGUGUGCUAUUGAAAACCUGUGACCACAAUCUGUGCAUAUCUUUUUUAAUACUUCAAUAUGAAUGUCUUUGUAUGUCUUGUCAAAAGUAUAAAUACAAUUUUAAGCUGCUCAGCCAUGUUACCAGAUGUGAGUUGCCUCUUAGACCCACAUUUCUCCGGGACUUUUAUCUGCACAAUCAAUACACUGAGAAGUGGGCAGCGCCACUGCAUGUGGAGACAGUGCUUUCAUGUGUGCAGUCGGUGGGAAUUUUCAUAAAGACUGUGUCCCUCUGUUGGUGAUCAGUGCUUCUGUGUUGAUCAUUGAUUAUACUCUCGGCUUGACAGUCAGAUCACAUUAAUCAUCAGGUUACACCACGUUGGUUUCUUUAAGCAUUCAGAGCUAACCAUUUCAUUAAAUCUUGCAGCUAGGGUGGGAGUGAAGUCCCUGCUUGUCCUCUAUGACAUCCAAGGUCCUAACUUUAUGCAAUGAAAGGGUCUAUAGUCACUGAUGGUCAGCUGUACAAAUCCUUAUCUCCAUUUAAGGAAAGGUGUUCCUUUUAUUUACUGAUGGUCAUGCAUGGUUUUAUCUUUACAUAAGGACAUUCAAGGAUGUAUCUUUACAUAAGGACAUUCAAGGC